ACUUGGUGAAAUCGACCAUGAAAAGUUUGGGUUGGUGUAGUGGCCAAGUGCUCACCUGUUGACUGUUAGACCAUGGGUUCAAGUCAUGGAAAGUCUCUGGAAACAGAGAAAGGUAUUCUCUGCAAGACUUCUAUGAAGGAUAUUCUGGUGAUUCCAGAAGUCAACAAAGAAGAGAAGCUCCUUAGUAGAAAGUUUGUGGAACAUGGACAUUUCCUAUAUGAAGAUCAGACCGGUCUAUCCCUUAAGCUGGAAAUUACCAAAACUGUGUAUAGUUUGGGUCUUGGAUUGGAUGAUUGGACAGCAUGUGUUGGAUCCUGGUUGCUUUUAGGCCAUUUUUGGAUAGCAUGUGCCGGAUGGUUGGCCGCUCCAAGUUGAGACCUAGUCUUUCAGCAGGAGCCUUGUUGACUCCAGGACGAGCAUACCACUUGAUGAAAAACUUCAAAGAGUUCUCGGGACCAGUACUACUCAGAAGCAACUGCUUUUUCUGAAUUUCAUCGAGGUGUAUAUCUGCAUCAGGUGGGAAACUCAACGAACGAUACCCUUUGAUUUGUAUCGCAAACUUUAAUCAACUCCGGGGAGUCUUGAAGACUGAGUAGAGAAUGACUUACAAACGUGAGUUGUAUAUGCUUUCUCUAUUGUGACAAAUCUGAUUUCUCUGUAUAUUUGUUGUCUUCCACAAGCUCCUCUUUUGUGACUGUUUCCUUGGAACUCAUUGGUCAACAUUCCAUAUUUAAAAUAAAAAACAUCAUUUGUGCAGUAA